CUUAAAAUGGAAUAAUAUGAGUAAAAUUCAUGAAAAUCUUAAAGCAUUUAAGAGCCUAUAUAGGUAAGCAUUUUUCAUCACUAAUCACUUAUUUUUUCACACUCAUUUGACAACAUUACUUUUAUUUUCAUCACUCAAUUUUUUCGCACAAUUUAUGAACCGCACAACUAUUACUGUGUCAGACCACUUAUGUUUUGUUACCCGCGUACCAUUUUCAUCCCCCAUCAAUAUUUCUCUUUUUCUAAUUUCCCCUUCCCCUUCAGCCCUGUCUCUCUCCCAAAGCAGAAACCCAAACCCAGAAAAAUGUCUCAACCUCCCUCGCCUCGUCAGUACCAUCAUCACCGGUGAACAACGCCGAAGUGUCCGACGUGUACAGCGGCGCCAUCUCGCCGUCGUGACCCAUUUCCUAGCGGCGUCGACGAGGAAACCCAAACCCAUUCAAAUUUCUCAAGCUUUCUCGCCUCGUCAGGAUCAUCACCACUCGCCAGUGAACAACAUCGAACUCUCCGACGUGUACACGGCCUAGAAUCUCCUCCGUCGUGACCCAUUUCCCAGCGGCGCCGACGAGCAACAACACUAACGUCACCCAUUUCCCCAUUUCGUCACGGACGAUCUCCUCCGACCCAAGGCGGUGCUUCCCUCCCUCACUCAGCUCAGCUCAGAGAUUUCACAUCAAUUUUAAGGAAAAGAUGAAUGCUAAUUCUUCAUCAACUCCCAUCACCAAAAGGUUAGAAGGUAAGGUAGCAUUAAUAACCGGUGGUGCCAGUGGCAUAGGUGAGACCACUGCAAGGCUUUUUAUUCGACAUGGUGCUAUGGUCCUUAUUGCUGAUGUCCAAGACGAGCUUGGCCACUUAGUUUGCAACGACAUUAGCUCUGAAUCCAUCUCUUACAUCCAUUGUGAUGUAACGAAUGAAUCUGAUGUCGAAAGGGCUGUAGACAUGGCUGUAUCCAAGUAUGGAAAGCUAGACAUCAUGUUCAACAAUGCUGGCAUUUCAGGCAACAUGGAAUCACGAAUUUUAGAAUCAGAAAACAAAGAUUUCAAAAGGGUUUUAGACGUGAACGUUUACGGUGCUUUCUUGGGUGCCAAGCAUGCUGCUAGGGUUAUGAUUCCAGCUAAAAAAGGAAGCAUUCUCUUCACCUCAAGCAUUGCUUCAGUAAUGGCUAGCGAUGUUCCACAUUCUUAUGUGGCAUCAAAGCAUGCUGUGGUGGGAAUGACUAAGAACUUAAGUGUGGAGUUGGGACAAUAUGGAAUAAGAGUUAAUUGUGUGUCUCCUUUUUCAGCUGCAACUCCUAUGCUAAGAAAAGUUAUGGGGAUGAUGGAGAAAAAUAAGGUGGAGGAUGUGGUUUCAUCUUGUGCAAACUUGAAGGGAGUGGUAUUGGAGCCUGAAGAUAUUGCUGAGGCGGCACUAUAUUUGGGGAGUGAUGAGGCUAAAUAUGUGAGUGGGAUAAACUUGGUUGUUGACGGGGGAUAUAGUCUUACCAAUCCAACUUUCUCAAAUGCACUAAAAAGUCUAAGUAUGUGAAUGGAAUGAACCUGGUUGUUGAUGGGGGUUAUAGUCUUACCAAUCUAACUUUCUCAAAUGCACUAAAAAGCCUUUUUUUUUUUUUUCUUGAUAUGUAUGUGUUGUAAAUUGUAACUAUCACCUCCAUGUCUC